AUGCGUGGAGACUCUCGUAUACGCUGGGUAUACUUUAUGCUAGGAGCCGCUACUCUGCUAUCAUGGAACGCAAUGAUCAAUGCGAAUCCAUUCUUCAUGUCGCGACUGUCGGGUUCACCACUGAGAACGUCAUUUAGUUCAUACUUGUCCAGCGUGUUUACCGCCAGCAACGUGGUCACAUUGGGAUAUGCGAUUAUGACCUCGAAACAGUCUUCCCCUUCCAGGCGCGCCUUCUGGUCCACUGCGUCCACCUCAGCCAUCGUCACUAUACUGUUUUUGACAACAUUCCUCCCCCUUAGCCCAGCUCCAUUCUUCUACUUCAUCAUGAUAAGCGCGUUCUGCUUGUCGGGCUGCGCGUCUUAUCUAUCGAACUCAGUAUUCGCCGGCGCGGCACUCUUUGGCGCACCUUACAUGCAAUCAAUGAUGUCUGGCCAGGCUGCAGUAGCCGUUGCUGUCAGCAGUGUGCAAGUCAUCAGUUCCGCCAUCUCAAUUUGGGGAACCACUCCAGUGGCUCUGGCCAUUGGUGAUACCGACCCUGAUGGUCAAGCCGAGGAGAAAUCUGCGCGUAUAUUCUUUGGAAUUUCCGCGUUGUUUAUGAUUGCUACGCUUCUCGCAUAUAAGUGGCUAGCAUCAUUACAAAUAUAUACAACCACUAUGGGAGCUCUCGAGGACAGCGUCAAAGCCCGAGUUGUCUCAGAUGAGGCUGACGAACGACAGCCUCUCCUGCCUGCGGCGCUGCCAAGCGCAGUUGAAGGGAACCAAAUUUUCCGUGUUCUCAAGACCAAUUUUAUUUAUAAUUUUGCUGUGGGAUUUGUUUUCACUGUAACUUUGGCUGUUUACCCAGCCAUCACUGUCACCAUCAAGCCGACGAAUCCGAAGACUCAUCCUUUAUUGUUUAGUGCUGUACACUUUUUGGUGUUCAGUUUCGGUGACUUUUUGGGACGAUACAUGUGUUCCUUCCCACGACUCAUAAUCUGGUCCGCUCGACGUGUUUUGGCUCUAACUCUCCUUCGGAUCCUGUUUAUCCCUGCGUUCCUUCUAUGCAAUGUGGAACUUUCGCUCCAUGUUACGCCGUUUAUCAGCUCUGACUUGGUCUAUAUGCUACUCUUGUGCGCUCUGGGCGUGUCGAACGGUUAUGUGUCUACUUUGUGCAUGUUAGGCGCGCCCUCGUUGGAACACAACUCGAGAUUGAAGGGCAGGCAGGAAGAUGUCGAUGUUGCUAGCACCGUCGCAGCUUUCUGUCUGAUAGUGGGAUUAGCAGUUGGCGGAUUUGCGAGCUUUGGAGUAAGGGCUAUCAUAUGCAACUGCGACCCGUUCACGUCCUAG